GCUUUCGGUGGACCCAGACAGAAUCGUCAUCAAGCGGCUGGUGCUCAGUGGUCAUCCGUUCAAGAUCUUUACGAAGACGGCUGUUGUGCGAUACAUGUUCUUUAACAGAGAGGAUGUGAUGUGGUUUAAGCCAGUGGAGCUGAGGACAAAGUGGGGUCGUAGAGGACACAUCAAGGAGCCAUUAGGGACCCACGGUCACAUGAAGUGCCACUUUGAUGGACAGCUGAAGCCCCAGGACACCGUGCUGCUGAACCUCUACAAGCGUGUUUUUCCUAAAUGGACUUAUGACCCCCAUGUUCCGGAGCCCGUGCCGUGGGUGAGGAGCGAGAGUGCGCUGCCGGUGCAGGAGGUGGAAAUGGAAUAAGUGUCCAGCACGGCUAAUGC